AUGGCGUCGUGCUCUGCGCGACGGCCAAUUGAAGUAAUUGUGUCUGUGUUUGUGCUUGUGACGUUUGCGUAUUUUUAUCUGGUGCACGCAUUCACACACUCGGGCCUCUUCUCGAGCCUUUCCGACGUUGCGUCCUUGUCCAUGUCCCUGCAGCGUGCGGGGCAUGCAGACGCGUCGCGCGGCGCCAUGAUGGCCGAUGCACACCUGCCCGUGUUUGUGCGCCGCGGGGGGCAUGUGUGGCAGUCUUUGGAGGAUGUGGAAAGCGAGGCGUUUGCCCUGCGCGACAUCCAUGCGAUGCUCGACGCGGCCGAUGCGACGUAUCUAGAGUGGGUCGUCGUUUCCGAUGUGCCGGUAGGAACGCAGCAGAGCCGUGCUUUGCGUCGGGAAACACUCCUUCCCAACAUUGCGCACACACUCCAGAACGCGAGUGGGAAAGAGUGCGUCUUGCCGAUUGUGCGUCUCGGCGACACGAACGACACCGUGGCGGAGGCGUUUGGGUGCGUUUUGCACACGCCCGAGACACAUGGCGAUGCGCUUAUCCGGCGGCUCACGGAGCGUCCUCUCCUCGAUGCCGCAGUGCACGGCGCACUGGACGCUGCACGCGAUCACAAAGCGCUGCCUGGCGAUGUGCACCAGCUCCAUACCUGGCGCGAUGGCUCUCUCUGGCUCCAACCAAUCAACCCCACCACGCGGUGGAACUUGCCCGAGGCGGAGCACACGCGCGUCUCCUGGGCGCUGGCGUUCGUGCGGCGCUUGGCCGUGCGUGCGUGGUCCUGUGUAAGGAAUGCUGACUCGAUCGACUUUACUGUCCUGCUCGCAGCCUACAUCCUUAUGCACGGCUCUUUUGUGCACCUGUACCUCUCCAUGCGGCGCUUCCCUUCGGGGUUCUGGCUCGCGAGCAGUGUGCUGCUCUCUGGCAUGUUUGCGGCCCUCUUUGCGCUGCUCACCGCCAAUGUACUGCACGUGUCGGUCGACCCUGUCCUCCUCACGGAAUCCAUUCCGUUUCUGGUGAUCAUUGUCGGCUUUGAGAAGCCGUACAUGCUCACCAAAGCCUUUUGCUCACACGCCUUUCCCACCGCCGCGCCCCAAGAACGCGACGUGCUCGACGGCGCGACGGCAGAGGAGCGUUUUGUCCAAGCGCUCACCAAGCGUGUACAGCAAGAGCAGGCGAUUGGCGCGGUGCCCUCGACGCCGAUGGCCGAGCUCGCCGCGCGUGCGAUCGCGCGCGCCGCCCCCGGCAUUGUGCGCGUGUAUGCGAUGGAAAUUUGCAUUCUGGUCGUGGGCGCGUGUUGUGGCAUCCGCGGCCUCUGCGAGAUUUGCCAGCUCGGUGCGCUCAUCAUUUUUUUCGACGCCUUGCUCCUCUUUACCUUUUUUGUCGCGAUCCUUUGCGUCGCGAUCGAGGUGCACAGGGUCCGGCUGCCGCACGGCGACGGCACCGAAGAAAAUGUUGUCAUUGAGCCGCCUGCAGAGCCCAAGCUUCAAAAAGUACACGCCAGGCCCCUGCCGUGGUACCGGCGCCUCUCGAACAUGGUCGAGCACCCCGUAACGCGACUGAAACUUUUCCUGCUCGUCACACUCGUUUCCUUGCACGCGCUCAACAUCCUGUCCACCUUUACGCUGCACACUGUAUUUUUGCGGCACCACACAACGCGCACGCCGACCUUGUACGACAAGGCAAUCUCUACCUCGUCCAUGUACAAUGUCGACUUGUUCAAUCCCGCACUGCACACAUUCCUCAAUGCGUACGCAUCCACGCAGCCACACGACGCCAAUCUCGUCAUGGCCGUCGCUUACCCCUCGCUCCUUGUCCUUGUCGACACCGGGGAAGAUGCGCAGCACGAUAUCCUGCUCCAAGCCGCGGUCAAUGCGAGCGGCAGCAUGCGCCGCGCGCCUUCCAGCGCAGUCUUUACCUGGUUUUCCACCAGCCGUCAGCGCCCCCUCUCUGCACUGGACAGUUUUAUGCACACAUGGACCGCCAUUGCGAGCGAUCCAGUGGUAGGCAAGUGGCUUUCGGUCGUGCUCGUGAUUAGCAUCUUUUUGAAUACCUUUCUGCUCAAAGGCAUCGCCACGCGCAACCCCGCUGUGAUUGAAGGCAACGCCGUGCGUGUCACAGCGCAGGCAGCGGCGCGGCUCGUGGGCGCACACCUGGUCGACCAUUGGAAAGCCGACGAAAAACCCACCAAGCCCAAUGUGCGGAUGGUGCCGCCGCCGGUGGUGGUGCCCGCGCCCGGAGACGACGCACCGCCGCGUCCGUUUGAAAUGGUGCGCAUGCUCUACGACGAUGGGAACGGCGUCCUAUCGCUCAACGACGAAGAAGUCAUUCUGCUUGUGCAGCGCGGCACGAUUCCCACGUAUACCUUGGAAAAAACUUUGCAAGACUUUUCGCGCGCGGUGCGCAUUCGCCGUGCGGUGCUUUCGCGCGCGAGCGCAACGCAGGCGCUCGAGCACAGUCAGCUCCCAUGUGCUGCGUACCAGUACGAGGAGGUGUUUGGCGCGUGCUGUGAGAAUGUAGUUGGGUACAUGCCGAUUCCCGUCGGGAUUGCGGGGCCGCUCGAGGUGGACGGACAGCUGAUUUUGAUCCCCAUGGCGACGACCGAAGGCACGCUUGUAGCCUCUACCUCGCGUGGCUGCAAAGCGCUCAAUGCCGGCGGCGGCGUCACUACUGUGCUUACCCAAGACGCCAUGACCCGCGGCCCUGUGCUCGACUUUCCGUCGCUCACCAGCGCUGCGCGCGCAAAACGCUGGCUGGACUCGAGCGCCGGCGCCGGCGAGGUCAAAAAAGCGUUUGAUUCCACGUCGCGCUUUGCGCGGCUCGCAUCGCUGCACUCGGUGCUUGCGGGCCGUACAUUGUUUGUGCGCUUUGCUACUUCUACCGGCGACGCCAUGGGGAUGAAUAUGAUUUCCAAAGGCGUCCAAAGUGCGCUGAGCAUGAUGCGCGACAAGCACUUUCCCGAGAUGGAGCUCCUGUCUCUCUCGGGCAACUAUUGUACAGACAAGAAGCCCGCUGCGAUCAACUGGAUCGAGGGGCGUGGAAAGAGCGUGGUGGCUGAAGCGGUCGUGCCGGGGCACGUUGUAAAGAAUGUGCUCAAGACGAGCGUGGAGGACUUGGUGCGGCUCAACCUUAAAAAGAAUUUGGUCGGCUCGGCCAUGGCCGGCUCCGUGGGCGGCUUUAAUGCACACGCCAGCAAUAUUCUCACCGCGAUAUACCUUGCUACGGGCCAGGACCCUGCACAGAACGUGGUCAGCAGCUCGUGCAUUACGCUCAUGGAGGCGACAAACGGCGGCGCAGACCUGCUCGUGAGUGUGAGUAUGCCUUCGAUCGAGGUGGGCACUGUCGGCGGCGGCACUGUGCUUUCUCCGCAGCGUGCCAUGCUCGAUGUCCUCGGCGUACGCGGCGCGAAUGCCGAGACGCCGGGCGCAAACGCACAGCGCCUGGCGCGAAUUAUCUCCGCCGCAGUCAUGGCCGGCGAGCUGAGCCUGAUGGGAGCGCUCUCUGCAGGACACCUCAUCCAGGCGCAUAUGAAACACAAUCGCAGUGCGCCAGGCACGCCAGGCACUGCGAGCCCUACCAAUACCAAAGGGUUGCAGUACCUGCCGACAAUGACCCCGCUUGUAGCUACCCCCAUUUACGCGCCAGAUGGCCAGAGCGGGUCCCCCGCCGAGCCCAGCGAACGCCCCGAGUAG